AGCACGGAGCGCGAGGACGCAGGGUUCGAACGCCCUCCCCCGCGCGUCGUCGUUUGGCGAGCAACAUGGAUGGCUACGUCGAGUGGGACAAGGUCGACGUCGCGAAGAUCGCGCUCCCGCCCGGGGACGACAUGGGCGUCGUCAGCGACGACGACGACGUGAACGUCGAGGAGGUGAAGAUGGACUCCGGGUUCGGGUCCGUCGUCGUCGUGGACAACCUCCCGAAGGUUCCGAAGGCGAAGCACGAGAAGCUCGCGACGAUCGGCACGGUCGCGGAGGGCGGGCUGCACAUGCCCGCGGACGCGGACGGCGUCACGAAAGGCUUCGCGUUCGUGGAGUUCUUAAACUCGCAAGAGGCGGACGCCGCGCGCCAACAGACGGACGGGUACAAGCUCGACAAGGCGCACGUGUUCAAGGUGUCGCGGUUCGACGACUUCGCCAAGUACGACGCGGUGCCGGAUCAGUACGAAGAGCCCAAGCCUAAGCCGUACGUCGCGCGAGAAAACACGCAGGACUACAUGCUCGACGCGCGCGGGCGCGACCAGUACGCGAUACGCUUCGGGGACGAGACGGAGAUUCACUGGAACGACGCGCAGAAGAAGGAGCCGGUGGAGGUGUACAAGCGGAGCUUCUGGACGGAGUCGUACGUGCAGUGGUCGCCGAGAGGGAACUUUUUGGCGACGGUGCAUCGGCAGGGCGUCGCGCUGUGGGGCGGCGCGUCGUGGCAGCGGUACCAAAAGUUUUCGCACAACGGCGUGCAGUUCAUCGAGUUCUCGCCGUGCGAGAGGUACCUCGCGAGCGGGUCCACGCACGAGGGCGGGGGCGACACCUCCGUGGUGGUUAACUUUUUCGACACGCGCUCGGGCGCCAAGCUUCGAAACUUUCAAGGCCCCAUCAGCGAUUUCGUCGUCCACGCGGCGGGGUCCAGAGGCGGGCUCACGUGGCCCGUCUUCAAGUGGGCGGGCCCGUCCCCCGAGGGCGCGUUCUUCGCGCGCAUGGGGAACAACGCGGUGUCCGUGUACUCCGCGCCGGACAUGUCGCUGCUCGGGAAGAAGUCCAUCAAGCUCGAGGGCGUGAUCGACUUUUGCUGGUCCCCCGCGGAUCCGAUCCUCUCCGUGUUUCAGCCCGAGCGCGGCGGCGGGAACGAGCCCGCGCGCGUCGCGCUCAUCUCCAUCCCGAGCAAGAAGGAGAUCCGAAGCAAGAACCUCUUCAGCGUCUCCGACGUCAAGAUGUUCUGGCAGCAGAGCGGCGAUUACUUCGCGAUGAAGGUGGACAGACACACCAAGUCGAAAAAGUCGACGUACAGCGGGUUCGAGCUGUUCCGCGUGAAAGAGCCUGAUUGCCCCAUGGAGGUUCUCGAGCUCCCGGACAAGAACGAGAAGAUCGUCGCGUUCGCGUGGGAGCCCAAGGGCCAUCGGUUCGCGGUCAUCCACGGCGACGGCGCGAGGCCCAACGUCUCGUUUUACACCAUGAUCGACGACGCCUCCGCGAUCAAUAAGGUUAAGCUCAUCGGCACGCUGAAGAACAAGACCGCGAACCACCUCUUCUGGUCGCCGCAGGGCAAGACGAUCGUCCUCGCGGGCCUGAAGACGAUGAACGGCCAGUUUGAGUUCUUCAACGUCGACGAGAUGGAGACGAUGGCGAGCGCGGAGCACUUCAUGGCGACGGACGUCGAGUGGGACCCGACUGGGCGAUACGUCGCAACCGCGGUGACGUCCGUGCAUCAGAUGGAGAACGGUUUUCACGUGUGGACGUUCAACGGUCGACAGCUGUAUAAGCACGGGCGCGAGCGGUUCUACCAGUUUCUGUGGCGUCCGCGCGCGCCGUCGCUUCUGCCGCCGGAGAAGGAGGCGGAGAUCGCGAAGAAUCUGAAAAAGUACAGCAAAAAGUUUGAAGAGCUCGACGACAGCAUCCGAAGCGAGCAAGACUCGCACCUCGCCGCGGAGAAGCGCGCGGUCAUGGACGAGUGGAAGCGCUGGAAGCAGGCGAAGACGGAGAUGCUCGAGAGCGAAGAGCACAGGGCGAAGAUUCGGAAGAUCAUGACCGCGAGGUAUCCGAACUGGAGAGAGGGCGGCGGCGAGGACGUCGUGGAGACGAAGGUGGACAUGGAGGAGAUCAUCGAGGUCGUCGAGGAGCCGCUGCGGUGAUCGAUCGACAUCGAUCGAUCAUCGAUCGACAUCGAUCGAUCGAUCGCGGUCGAUCGUGGUCGAUCGAAUCGAUCGAAUCGAUCGACGCGCGACGAGGAUGCCAUUCUUCUGUGAUUCUGUGGAUUUGUAAACGAUGCGCUUGCGCCGUGCCGACU